GGAGCGGCCCCGGCCCCGGCCCCGGCCCCGGCCCGGCCGGCCCAUGGGCGCGCCGCGCCCGGCCCGCCGGAAGCUGGUGCUGCACCUGGACCUGAACAACACGCUGGCGGCGCUGGACUCGGCCACGGGGCAGGGCCCCGGCGCGGCGCUGAACGGCUUCCUGUGCGGCGCGGCCUGGGGCGCGCCGGGCCCCGCGGGUGAGUGGCAGUGGCUGAGCGACUCCCCGUCUUUGCUGCCUCCCUGCCCCGGUGCUGUAAAUUUCUAUUCUCAGUAUGGCCGCGAUGCUGCGUUCACGGACACGGCGGUGGGGCGGCCUUUCAGAAGUCUGCACACACACCACUUGCAGCUCCUGGAGUGGCAGGGCCAGCCACACAAAGUGUUCUCUGUCCAAGGCGAGCGUGCCAAGCACUACCACUUGAUCCUGCCCUCCUUCUUCCACCUCCUGGAGUCGCUGCACCGGGAGGGGAGGCACUUCGCCGUCGUCUUCAGGACCUUUGGCACAGACCUCCCCCGCAUUCUCCAUGCAGUGCACUGUGCCUUGGAGGGGCAGCACCCGCAGUUCCCUGCCCUGCGAGACCUCACGCUACCGGUGGAGCUGACUGCGGGCCGGAUACGCUGCAGUCGGCGCGAGGUGGUGCUGAGCCGGGGGCCGGAGCGCGUUUCCACCAGGGACGAUGGGAGGAAGCUGUACAGCUAUUUCAGCUCCCUGCAAGGCUUGGGCGGCUUCCAAGACCACUUUGAUUGGUGGGCCAGAAAUCAGUUCUCCUCCCGGGGUGGGAAGCCCCUGUGGAUUGACCCGCACGACUCUAGUGUGCACCACAUCUGCAUCGAUGACAACAUUCGACUGAACGAUUCAGACACCAUCAUUUGUCCCCAGGUGUUUUCGGGGAGAGGAGGCAGUUGCACCAGGCCAGCUCCCACCUCGGAGCUGUAUGAUGUCUGCCUGGUGCAGACCAAUCUCCUGGAGGCCAUUGCUGAUGAGAGCUAUUUCCUCCGCUGCGUGAGAAGGUGUGUGCUUCUGAGCUGGAGGCAGGACGCUCCAGACACCCUUCCGAAAUGCAAGUGUCUGCCUGCUGUCCUGCAGGAGGAAACUGCUUCCAGCCAUGCCCAGGCUCAGCAGCACUUUCUCCACUCUUGGUGGAGUUUGGGGUUUUGGAUCUUGCCUCUCGAGAUGCCUGGCUGGGCAGGGCUCCUGCGGGUGAUCGGUGUCGUCUCCACCUUGGCUCAGAGACGGUCCCUUCCGCACAGUUAUGUUUGCGCUCUAGCUGUGCUGCAGUACAAAGAGUUGUCGUCAUCCUCUGCUGUGUUUUCCUUCCUGCGCUAAGGAUCUCGCCGUGUACGGGCGUAUUUCAUUAGAAUAUCAGUGUGCGUGUAACAUCACCCCAUGGCAGCUGGGGUAAUUACUCAGGGCUGUCUUCGCUCAGCAUGCCUACAAGUAACAGGGUAAUGCUCUCCGUCGCUUCUGAGGGGGGCUCCUGCCGCUUGGCUCCCCCACCCCCCGUGCAGAUGGAGCAGCGCCUCUAGCGGGAAUGUUGCUAAUAGGACUUUGAUAAGGGGACGAAGAUGGAGACACAGUGACCGUUGUUCUAGUCCUGUCUCUGACCUGCUGGGUGAUCUUCGGCAAGUCACUUUCCUUUUUGCUCUUCCUGUGUCCGUAUGCUGCCUAGCUACCUCUGUGCUCCAGCACUUGUGUGGGGCCUGCUUUCUAGUCUGCUUCGGCACAGAACUGUGCAAUCUCCUCGGGCUGUUCUGGCAAAGACACCUGUGAGGAGAUGCAGAGGCCAGAGUAAACACCCAGUGUGUGUGAUGUCCUGCUUGGAGCUACAGCAGCUCCUGGGGCUGAAAGGGGAUGUGGUGAGAGAUUCGCUGUCAGAAGUGCUAGCCAAGCUCCCUCACGCUUGUGAAGUGCUCUUUAGAAUCGUGGGGAAAGUUACGCUGGAUCUGAGUCAAACUAAGUCUGGUUACAAAACCGUAUCCAGCUGGGAGUCCAUUAGAGGGUGUUGCUCCAGGAGUGAGUUCAGGAUGCCUUCGGCGUGUUCACACCUCUGGGCUCCUGAGCUGCAGGGGCCCUGCACUCCAGAAUCCAGCUGUUGUGAUGGAUGCAGCACUGUUCCGUGGAGUGUAAACACUGCGAGGAGCACGCUGGGGUGGGGCCCCACCUGGGCAGAGUCAGACUUUGGAGAAGGGGGAACUCGGGGUGAGCGUCCCAGGCCCCCAUCUGGGCUAUUGGAGGGGCACAGGAGCGCCCGAGGGGCAAGCUCUACCUUGCUUUGCAGUAAACCACCAUUAAUACUCUGGUGUGUUGGAAGCAGAGCAUCCAUGCCCCGCCCCAUGGAGGCUUCAGCUCUGACCUGAUGAAAGCGGAUGCCAGGUUACGCUGGUAAGCAGCCUCUCUGGCAGGAGAGCAUUGCUGGUGUGGAGUGUUGUAUCAGAGAUCCAGGCACCCCACCUUUGUGCAAGGAUGAAAGGGAACUGAAGCCCCACCUUCCCGAGGGCCAGUGUAGCUGCGCACCGGAUGCCCUGGCGGCUGAGGAAAAUCGCUAGUACAGCCGGGUAAUUGGUGAAAACCUGUGGUGCCGUCCCAAGGGCAGAGUGUAGGUUGUUAGCAGAGACCCCUCCCCACACUAACCUGAGGGGUAGCUAGGCUUGGCAGGACCAGAUUGUAUUGGUAAAUGGCCAUAAACCGAUUCUCAUACACACGAACUGUUGUGAACAUCCAUCCAUCCAUCGAUGAUAAUCAGGAAAAGCCAGAAACCCGCUGAGUGAGAACUUUGUUUAAUCUAAAGCUGGUUACUUUGUAUUUUGAUGGGCUGUUGACACUGUGUUGUUAUGGGUAUAAAGCUUUAACUGUGGA